CGCUUUGUGAUGAAUGGAUGAUGACUCCCACGCAAUAAGCCGACACGAUGUUAUUUAUCUCAGUUGUCUAACGGGUCAACCAUCGCGUGCAAGUCAUUACCAGGUGGAAGGCAGUGGGGGAAGAUGAAUUAUAUCCUUUUAACUUUUCUUUUCGUCUCCGCUGCUGAAGCAUUUCAGAGCCAGGUUCAUCUUCCUGAGAAUACAGUCCGCAAUAAACUGGCUGAGUUAGAUCACUACCUGCGAGAUGGACCGGUAGAUGUCAAUAAACUCAGACAUCCCUCAAUGACCAAAACCACAGCUCGCCUUGCUCAUCUCUUGAAAAAAGGUGAACAGAUGAAUGAUCGUGAAGGACAGGAACAUGGUGAGGGGGAGGGAUCCGUGGCGGAGGCGGUGAAAAUGUUGGCUGAUUCAUUAGGGGAGAUCGUUCCUGCUUUGAAGACGCUAAAAGCUGCUAAAGAUAAAAGGAAUAGAGAAAAAGCACUGGAAUUGAUGAAGGCAAUACGAAGCGAACCCUCAAACGACAAAGUAAAGACAAUCCUGGGACGCCAUGUAGCUGACAACUACGAUAAAUGUGAAAAAAUUAAAGAGGUCUUUCAUUCCAAAGCUUUAUCCGUGUUAGACUUUGAUGAAGAAAUGGACGAAGUUCUCGAAGACGCUGGCCUCGGCGAAAAGACUGAUGAUUUUAAAGCCCUCACCCACACUGAUCCCCAUGGAGUGAUGGGUAAGAUGAAACAACUGGUGGUUGACGCAGCAUGUGAUAAGAAAGUGGAUGGUCUGUUUAAAAAUAUUGGUGAGGUUAUCGAAGAACAGGAUCCAGAUGGCGAAUUUGAUCUUUCAAACAGAAUAGAGCCGUAUACUGAUCCUAAAAUUGUUGAAGAUUGUGAAGAACAUACACUGGAAGAACUCCUUAAACAUGUCAAACGGGAUUCGGCACCAUCUGAAGUUGGUAACGACAGAAAAAGAAUCAUUGAUUUGGUGUUUGAGAAUUCCGCUGAAGGAAACUGCAUCGAAGUGAAACUCUAUAAGAAAUAUACGGACUUGAUCAUAAAAGGUAUCAUCCUUCACUACAACUGGGGAAUAAUACACGGCCUUACGAAAGGAUAUGAAGAAGAACUGAUCAAGCGUGUUACGUCCCUCAUGGAACAGAAGAACGAGGUUAGAGCCCGCAUAGCUGUGGGCGAGUAUACACUCGACAUUGUGAGAGGAACCCUGGUAAUCUCUCAUAUUAUUAAAAACAAUGGUCUUGAGAAUGUUGUGGUGAACCCAGCAAAGGGGCCUGAAAAGAGGCCUAAAAAGAGGCCUAAAAAUAAGGGGCCGGGAGGGAAGAGACUUAAUUAAGCGUACUUUCAUACAGCACUUUUAAUUUUGUCACAGGUUAUGUGUUUGGUUUUUUUAUUCUUUACGAAUUGCACGUCUUUCUUCCUAUGUUUUUCUUUUUAUGUUUUGAUAUAAUGAGUACCUUGAUGAAGCUUAUCAGCUUUAAAUGGAUAGGCUAGCAAUUACAUAGAUUUAGAGUCGAUCCUUUGAAGCACGUAUAAGCAUGAUAAGCACGGAAUUUUCGUAUAUUCCGGUCUAGGAAUAUACGAAAAAACAAAAUGCAUUUUCAGGAUCUGUAGAUUGUCAGCUGCUUGACUGAACUUUUUGUUAAACAGGUACAUCAAAAUACAGCAUACGCAAUAGAGAAUUUUUUGAAAGGCACUUGUUAAAUACUAUACUCUACUUCAAUAAACACAGAUAAAUCA